CAAACAGUCAAUGCUUCCUCAUUAUUCCCCAAAGCUAUACAAUCACUUUGAUGAGAAACAUUACUAGGCCACUCGCUCGGUCCAUGUCGACAACCCCGCCGCGGAAGGCCAUGCCUUCUGCGCUUACUUUUGAUUUGCAUCGGAAGUGUUCUACUACUAAAGCGCGCGCAAGCACCCUCCACCUCCCUCAUGGAUCCGUCUCGCUCCCAAUCUUCAUGCCUGUCGCGACACAGGCAAGUCUCAAGGGCCUUACAUAUGACCAAUUGAAACAAACAGGGUGCAUGCUCUGCCUCAAUAACACGUACCACCUUGGCUUGAAGCCAGGGCAGGCUGUACUGGAUGAGGUAGGGGGAGCACAUGCGCUGCAAGGCUGGAAUCGCAACAUCCUAACAGACAGCGGUGGCUUUCAAAUGGUUUCUCUUCUCGAGCUCGCGGAAGUCACUGAGGAGGGUGUCCGGUUUCUGUCACCGCACGAUGGCACGCCGAUGCUGCUCACACCGGAACACUCAAUCUCACUACAGAAUUCCAUUGGGUCCGAUAUUAUCAUGCAGCUUGACGAUGUGAUAGCGACUACAUCGCCAGAUCACGAACGGAUUCAUGAAGCCAUGGAGCGCUCGGUGCGCUGGCUAGAUCGGUGCAUUGCAGCCCACAAAACCCCAGAAACGCAGAAUUUAUUCUGCAUUAUUCAAGGGGGACUGGAUCUAGAGCUGCGAAAACGGUGCUGCGCGGAGAUGGUAGCACGCGACACGCCAGGAAUUGCGAUAGGUGGGCUGUCAGGUGGAGAGGCGAAAGAGGAUUUCUGUAAAGUUGUUGAUACAUGUACUGGUCUCCUUCCGGAAUAUAAGCCGCGAUAUGUGAUGGGCGUGGGCUAUCAGGAGGACUUGAUUGUGGGAGUGGCCCUUGGAGCGGACAUGUUCGACUGUGUAUGGCCGACAAGAACUGCCCCAAGGGAAGAAGGAGGUUCCGGCAUUACGAGAGCCUAUCUCCACCACCUGGCUGCUAAAGAGACAGCCGGGGCGCAUCUGAUAGAGUCAAGCACGACAGGGUACAAAAUGACUGUCUCACUGGACACUCCCAGAGAAAAUGCCACCACCGCCACCGCCGGUCCUCAACCCCCAGCCCACAACCCCUCUCACGAAGAACACCAAUACCUCAACCUGAUCCGCCAAAUCCUUGCGGAAGGCGAGCACCGCCCUGACCGGACGGGCACGGGAACACGCUCAAUCUUCGCCCCAAACCCUAUGCGCUUCUCGCUCUCGAAGCCCAGCCCCACGAACCCAUCUACAAAGAUCCCAAUCCUCCCCCUCCUCACCACAAAACGCGUCUUCUUGCGCGCCGUCCUUGCCGAACUUCUCUGGUUCAUAUCCGGCUCAACAUCAAGCAUUCCGCUCUCCGAAGCGGGCAUCAAAAUCUGGGAUGGGAACGGAUCGCGUGAGUUCCUCGACAAAGUCGGGCUCUCGCACCGCGAAGUUGGCGACCUCGGCCCCGUAUACGGAUUCCAGUGGCGCCAUUUCGGGGCUGAGUAUGUCGAUGCCCAUACGGAUUAUACAGGGCAGGGAGUUGACCAGUUAGCGGACAUUGUGAGGAAGAUUAAGGAGACGCCGUUUGAUCGCCGGAUCAUCAUGUCGGCGUGGAAUCCAGCGGACCUGAAGAAGAUGGCGCUUCCGCCUUGCCAUAUGUUUGCGCAGUACUAUGUUUCUUAUCCUGAGGGCAUUGAGGAUGGGAAGGGCAAAGGCAAGGGAGAGUUGAGCUGUUUGUUGUACCAGAGGAGUUGUGAUAUGGGGCUGGGCGUCCCAUUCAACAUUGCUUCAUAUGCGUUGCUGACGCACAUCAUUGCUCAUGCGACGGAUUUGAACCCGGGGAAGUUGAUCCAUACUAUGGGUGAUGCGCACGUAUACCUGGACCAUGUGGAAGCCUUGGAAGAGCAGUUGACUAGGGAACCUACGGAUUUUCCAGAGUUGAAGAUUAAGAGGGAGGACCGGGGGAGCGGAGUUAUUGACGGCUGGAAAGAAGAGGAAUUCGAGGUCAUUGGCUAUGCGCCUCACAAGGCGAUCAAGAUGAAAAUGAGUGUUUAGGCAUAUACUUACUAUACCAUGUAUAUAGAGGAAGCAUAUGAUACACGACCAGUCAAACAG